CUUACCGGAUUUGGACUCGUGUAUUUUUCCGGAGAUAUUUUUGUUUUUGAUAAUUAAGUUUGAGUUUUUUUUUCUUCUGUUUUUUUUCUUCCAAGUGAUAGAAAAUGUGGACUUUUCUUGGAAUAGCAAGCUUUACCUAUCUUUACAAGAAAUGCGACGCUUUUUUCACUCAUGCUCACAAAGAGCUUCUCAUGGCAGUGGCAGUGCUUCUUCUUGCCGGAGUCCUAUUAUCAUAUAUCCGCUUUUUUCACAGAGAGAGGCUCAGAUUAGCUCAGGUGUUGAAUUUACCACUGGACCUGCUGUCGUCCUUGCCGAUCAUAAAUCAUUUUAUUCCCCAAACGUCAAAACUAAGCAACCACAGCAAAGGAAACGCAUCAAAAACGAGCCAUGGCAGGAGAAGGAGAGUUAACCUGAAGGACUCCUCGUCCACAGAGAAUGGGAAUGCAUGUGCCUCCUCUGUGGAGCCCGAGCCUGAUGUAGUGAUCGUUGGGGCCGGUGUUUUGGGCUCAGCUAUGGCAGCUGUGCUGGGCCGGGAUGGGAGGAAGGUGACGGUGCUGGAGAGGGACCUGCGAGAGCCGGACAGGAUAGUGGGGGAGUUACUGCAGCCCGGAGGGUACAGGGCCCUCAGAGAUCUGGGGCUGGAGAGUUCAGUGGAGGGUCUGGAUGCCCACCAGGUGAAGGGCUAUGUGAUUCAUGACAGAGAGAGCAGCACGGAGGUGGAGAUCCCCUACCCGCAGGAGGGUCACAGCAUCCAGUGUGGACGGGCUUUCCAUCACGGACGUUUCAUCAUGGGUCUGAGGAGAGCUGCUCUUAAUGAGCCCAAUGUCACAUUUGUAGAAGGCACCGUAACCAGUUUGGUGGAGGAGGAUGGCUGUGUGACCGGUGUCCAGUACAAGGAUAAAGAAACUGGAGACGUCAAGGAAGUCCAUGCAGCGCUGACCGUGGUAGCUGACGGCUGUUUCUCCAAAUUCAGAAAGAGCCUUGUGCCUGGGAAGGCUCAGACCUCCUCUCACUUUGUCGGGUGCCUUAUGAAGGACUCUCCCCAGUUCAAAGCCAACCAUGCUGAGUUGGUUCUGGCCAACCCCAGUCCUGUGCUCAUCUACAAGAUAUCCUCCUCUGACACCCGAGUACUGGUGGAUAUCAGGGGGGAAAUGCCCAGGAACCUCACUGAGUACAUGUCUGAAAAAAUAUAUCCACAGUUGCCAGACCACAUAAAGGAGCCUUUCAUGGUGGCGCUACAAAAUGAUCGCCUCAGGUCCAUGCCUGCCAGCUUUCUUCCCCCCUCCCCAGUCAAUAAGCCAGGGGUCCUCCUCCUCGGAGAUGCCUACAACAUGAGGCACCCCCUGACAGGUGGAGGGAUGAGUGUGGCCCUCAAUGAUGUCCGCAUCUGGAGAGGUCUGCUCAGGAAAACACCAGAUCUCUACGAUGACAGAGCCAUGUUGCAGGCAAAGAAAAAAUUCCACUGGGAACGCAAGUCAUCACAUUCUUUUGUGGUGAAUGUGUUAGCCCAAGCCCUGUAUGAGCUGUUUGCAGCCACCGACAAUUCACUUCACGAGCUCCGAAAAGCAUGCUUCCAGUACUUCAAACUUGGAGGCGAGUGCAUUUCUGGGCCGAUUGGACUUCUAUCUGUGUUGUCUCCUAAACCCAUGACUCUUAUUGGACACUUCUUUGCUGUGGCUUUGUAUGCUGUUUACUUUAACUUCAAGUCAGAGUCCUGGAGCACCAAACCCCGUGCCUUAUUCAAGAGUGGAGCCAUCCUGUACCGAGCCUGUACAGUCAUGUUUCCCCUCAUCUACUCUGAACUCAUGUACCUGGUGUACUAAAGUGUGUCUGCUGAAAGACCCACGUCUGCAUUUGGGACGCUGUCGCUGCGAAUCAUCGUUUUGAAUACUAAAACUGCAUUUGCACCUCUCUCUCUGUGGUCUGCACAGAACUAUGCCUGGUUGUAGGAGUUUAGAGAUCAACGGCUUCCUUAGCAGCAAAGCAAAACUUGAAGAGAGGUAUUCUUUUUUUCCUUGUUCAAGGGGCCAUUAUUUUCCCAAUUCCACUUACCUUCCUUGUCGCGGCCUCUCUGAGUUGAAUACAAGUAUGCAUUACAUUCACAGGUGUUCCGAGUAUGUUGUACCAAAUGCCUUUGUCUUCUCCAUCCACUUUAAAUUGAUCCCAGCCUUAACUUCUGCAAUGCAGAUGACUGAAUUGUUUUCAUGCCCUGCCUAAGUUUAAUGCCUUAUCACCAACUGAACUUCGAGAUGGUGUGUGACUGUAUAUCACAUGGCCAUAGUGCCAUGCAUACUGUAUAACAGUAUAUGAACAUUUGCCUUGGUCAGCCACAGGUAGUGAUUUGCCAGAGCCUGUGCUGUACGAUGAUAAUUGCACUGCUUGAAAACACUGAAUCAGGUUGAAUACAACACCUGAUAAAUAAAACUGCCAUGUAAACACAUUCACCCACAAUUCAAUUUCAGCAAAACUGUAUUGAAGAGCUCAGUUCUACUUCUGUGCAUUUCGAGCCACAUUUCCCUUUAAAAAUGUAUUUUAAAAACAGCGAGUUCCCAACAUUCCUUCUUCCAGCGUACCCAUUUCUUGACUUUUAAAAAUCGUCCUUUUUCAUAUUGUGAUAAAGGGACUUUGGUGACAGUUUCUAAGGUUUGACAUAACCUGCCGGGUGUCAGGCUAAAUGUAACAAGACAGCUGCAAUGAUAAUGGCUCUUACUCGGUGUGCAAUCAGUUUAUCAUGUCCAAAUGUGUUUGUUUUUUGUCUUUUGUUUUCAUUCACAAUAGAUCAAUCCUAGCCGCUCUGUGGAAAAAAACUAAACUAAGUCAGUAAAUGAUUCUCAGACAUUUCUCCUCUGAGUUGAUAUGGACCGAAAGUCAGUUCAUCACAGGUCUAUGCUUCAGUAUUGUUCUUCGCAUUUCUACCAUGUUGUAAUUUAUCAGCUGGCUAAUAAAUGACAUGU